GUCUGAGUUUUUUUCUCUCUGUCGGGGCUUGUCCGUACGUCCGGCGCGAACUGACGAAGAAGAUGAUUUCUGGUCAGAAGAGGAAGGAGAAGCAGAAGAUAAACCCUAAACCCUUGCAGCUAAACCCUAACUGGGCUCUGCUUCAACAAAAGUUAAAAUCCGAUGUAUAUGGCAAGGAAGCUCGAAAAAAACCCUCGAAUGGUGAAAUCCCAGGAAAACCCAGUUCCUUAUUAGGGAAACGUAAGGAGAGACCCGAUUCUGAGUCCGAUGUUCCGAAGGUUAAUCCACUAAUUCCAGUUAAUGACGAUUUCAGUUUGACAGAUGCAGUGGCUAUGGACUGCGAAAUGGUUGGUAUCAGUCAAGGAAACAAAAGUGCUCUCGGACGAGUUACCUUGGUAAACAAAUGGGGAAAUGUUCUGUAUGAUGAAUUUGUCCGACCAGUGGAACGUGUUGUUGACUUCCGUACGCAUAUUAGCGGGAUUCGACCUCGAGAUUUGAGAAAAGCUAAAGAUUUCCGGGUUGUGCAGAAGAAAGUAGCAGAAUUGAUCAAGGGAAGGAUUCUCGUGGGACAUGCCUUGCACAAUGAUCUUAAGGUUCUGCUUCUGACUCACCCUAAAAAGGACAUACGGGACACUUCGGAUUAUCAGCCCUUUCUCAAGGGAAAGACAAGAAAGUCUCUGAAACACCUUGCAGCCGAGUUUCUUGAAGUCGAGAUUCAAAACGGGGAGCACUGCCCAGUCGAUGAUGCACGGGCGGCAAUGUUGCUUUACCAGAAGAACAGGAGAGAGUGGGAGAGAAGUGUGAAGGAUCAAAUACGGAUUAAGCAGAAGCAAAAGAAGCGUAAGCCAAAGAAAAAAGUGAAAGAAGCCAAUGCUUCUGACACCAACCACAAGCUAAAUGGUUAGAAACAGUUCUUGGCGAGAAUCUAGUUGGAUAGAACAACUAUGGAGUUAUACCCUUCUUGGCAAGUUUCAAGUUGGAGACUCUAUGUUGAUCAGUUUUGGAAUGAUUUUGUUAAUUGUUCUUUAUACUGAUUAUCGAUUUGUAUUGAGCUACAAUUCAACUGUAUCAUGCUAUUGUCCCUUUUCUUGUCCAUUCUUGAUAGGAAUAUAUACGGAAAGUGGAACGAUUUCUUUUUGGAUUA